AUGGUCAAGAUCGCCACCAACCAUCAUACCGUAAAAGCAAAAUCCAUUUCCUCAUCAUCAUCGGAUGGAAAGGCUUCUUCCAACAACAACAAUAAGAAUUCCACCAUCUAUGAUGAAAACGAUCAUGAAUGGAUCACCCAACACAAUCCUCUCUUUGAUUGUAACUUUGCCACCUUGUUAGAGAUUACCGAUGGAGUUCUGAGACCACCUUGGGCAACAACAACGACAACAACAACGACCACCUCUUCUCAUCAUCCUUCUCCGAAUCAACACACCUUCCGUAUGCCUUCCUAUUGGAAAACCACAUCUUCUUCUUCUUCUUCAGGUUGCAGCAAACCUCGGAAACGAAGAGGCUCUUCCAUUCUCGCUCUCGCUCAACCACCUCAUGUGCCUUCUCCAGGUAGUGGUGGAGUUGCCAAGAUGGAAUUUGAAUUCAAUUGGCAAGUACAAGAACACUUUAUGGCCAAAUUUGAAAGUGUGGAGAGAAUGAGUCGAAAACCUCCUCACUCUUCCUUGUAUCAAGUGAAAUACUCGGAACAUGACUCGACGACACGACGAGUGUUGAGACUCAUUCAGGCUGAGAAUGCAAUACAUGCGAAACAAUUGGUGGACACGAUGGAGAAGAUUCGAUCCAUGACCAACUCACACGAAUGUUUUGUGCAAAUCUAUGAUGUGUGUUUGGUGGGAGAAAAUACAGUGGCCAUUGAGAUGGAAUAUAUUGAAUUGGGAGAUUUACAAACCUUCUUGGAGGAGGAAGGAUUGUUUUUAUCGGAUGAAAUGGUUCAACAAGUGAUUGCUCAGGUGUGUCACGCCCUUCAACAUUUACCGGAGAAGCAACUUCAUGGUCAUAUACGACCACAUAAUAUUUUGAUUCGUUCCUUUAACGAUGAUGAGAAUGAAAUUAAGAUUGCCUUAUCUGACUUUGGAUGGAAAUCACCAAGCUUGACUCGAUCGAGUCGAGACAAACGAUUUGUCAUUCCAUCCAAGAAAAUUUCUACUUUGUGUGAAACCUUUUCUGAAACAAGAUCCAGUGACAACAACAACAAUGUCGAUCACAAGAUUGCUGGCGAAAUUUUCCACUUGGGUGUUACAUUAUAUCAACUUUGUAGCCGAGACAAGGAAGUCAUAUUGUCUCAACUCUAUGAACAGCAAGAUCUCGACGAGAUCAGCGUGAGAGAAGCUUUAGCUGCUCGUUUAACAAAACACUACCAAUACAAGACAGAAGUGGUAGAUGUUAUUUUGCGAAUGAUUUCUCCAAACAAUUUUGAUUUACUGAGUGUGAAUGACUUACUGUCAAACCUUAAUAUGGUACGCUCACUUUGA